AUGAGAUUCAUAUCCAACCGACCUGAAGAACGGAAAAUGAACAAGUCCCACGAGGCAACCGAAAAUAAGAGCGAAACUUUGGGAUCCUGUAUUGGUGUCAAGCUGAGCAAGGACUCUCAAGCGUCGCUGGUAACUUUGUUCGCACCACCAAGCCCGUGGGAAAACGCCGGGUACAUCCACAAGGCGCUGGGCGUCAACUUCUUUGGCAUGGUGCACGGCCGCACGACUUUCCUGUUUCUGGUGCUCCCGGACGUUGGGCUCACAGCGGCGCUGUCGUGCUGA